AUGCAGACAAAAUUCAUUCUUAUCGUUGGUCUUCUAGCCAUCCUGUUCGUCUUUCAUUGUAACACUGUUGAAUCUGCAGUACAUUUAGAUAGUGAUGAACAAUUGGAUGAUUCAAGCUUAGAAGACUCGUAUGAAUUAGAUAAACGUCUCACUUCGGCUAAAUUUGCCAGUGGUCUUGGCAAACGAUUAACAUCAGCGAAAUUCGCUAGCGGUCUCGGCAAACGUUUAGUAUCAGCGAAAUUUGCCAGCGGUCUUGGAAAGCGUUUAACAUCAGCAAAAUUUGCAUCUGGUUUGGGUAAACGAUUAGCAUCAGCGAAAUUUGCAUCGGGAUUGGGCAAAUAG